UUAAUAUUUGAAACUAUUUUGACACAGAGUUUCUCAAACCGGGGAUCACUGGCCAGUAGUGACGGCCAAAGCACCGAACGCCAGGAGUCGGACGAUACGCCCGAACACCACGUAUUCGCAUACCAUAGUCGGAGUCAAACUAGUUUGUCAUCGUUUGGGGCCCGAAGCGAAAGCCUGUCCAGCGUUUAUAGCGCUGCCGGCGGCGGUCGAUACGGAUCAGUUGUGGUGACCGGAGAGAUACUAUUCUCCAUCAGCUAU